AUGGACAGAGCCGCCUUAAAAACCACCAACCAGUUCUCGCACCCCUCAAAAAAACCAACCAGUCAACCUUUCAAAAAGGUUCAAACCAGUCCACACCCCUUUCAAGCCACCAAACCGGUUCUCGCACCUUUUCAAACCACCAACCAGUUCUCGCAACCCUUUCAAACCACCAACCAGUCCAGUUCACACACCUUUCAAACCACCAACCGGUUCUCGCACCCCUUUCAUACCACCAACCGGUUCUCGCAUUCCUUUCAAACCACCAACCGGUUCUCGCACCCCUUUCAUACCACCAACCAAGUUCUCGCACCCUUUCAUUUUCGUACCCUUUCAAACCAAACCUUUCACCAAACCUUUACCCCAACCACCAACCAGUUCUCGCACCCUUUCAAACCACCAAACUGGUUCUCGCCCCCUUUCAAACCACCAACCAGUUUCGCGCCCCUUUCAAACCACCAACCAGUUCUCGCACCCCUUUCAAACCACCAACCGGUUCACGCCCCUUUCAAACCACCAACCAGUUCUCGCACCCCUUUCAAACCACCAACCGGUUCUCGCGCCCCUUUCAAACCACCAACCAGUUCUCGCACCACCUUUCAAACCACCAACCAGUUUCGCGCCUCUUUCAAACCACCAACCGGUUCUCGCACCCCUUUCAAACCACCAACCGGUUCUCAGAAACCAGUUCCCCCCUUUCAAACCACCAACCGGUUCUCGAAACCCCUUUCUUUCAAACCACCAACCAGUUUCUCGCACCCCUUUCAAACCACCAACCGGUUCUCGCACCCCUUUCAAACCACCAACCAGUUUCGCACCCCUUUCAAACCAGAAACCAGUUUUCAAACCACCAACCAGUUCUCGCUUUCUUUCCCUUUCCAGUUCCACCAACCGGUUCCAGUUCACCCUUUUCAAACCACCAACCGGUUCUCGCACCCCUUUCAAACCACCAACCAGUUCUCGCACCCCUUUCAAACCACCAACCAGUUCUUCACCCCUUUCAAACCACCAACAGUUCUCGUUCCCUUUCAAACCAAACCUUUCAAACCAAACCAACCCAGUUCUCGCACCCUUUCAAACCACCAACCAGUUCUCGCACCCCUUUCAAACCACCAACCAGUUUCACGCCCCCUUUCAAACCACCAACCAGUUCUCGUUCUUUCAAACCACCAACCAGUUCACGCGCCCCUUUCAAACCAGAAACCAGUUCUCGUACCCCCUUUCAAACCACCAACCGGUUCUCGCGCCCCUUUCAAACCACCAACCAGUUCUCGCACCCCUUUCAAACCACCAACCGGUUCUCGCGCCCCUUUCAAACCACCAACCAGUUCUCGCACCCCUUUCAAACCACCAACCAGUUCUCGCACCCCUUUCAAACCACCAACCGGUUCUCAAACCACCAACCCUUUCAAACCACCAACUGGUUCUCGCACCCUUUCAAACCACCAACCGGUUCUCGCACCCCUUUCAAACCACCAACCGGUUCACGCGCCUUUCAAACCAGAAACCGCACCUUUCAAACCACCAACCAGUUCUCGCAUUUCCUUUCAAACCACCAACCAGUUCUCGCACCCUUUCAAACCACCAACCAGUUCUCGCACCUCCUUUCAAACCACCAACCAGUUCUCGCACCCCUUUCAAACCACCAACCAGUUCUCGCACCCCUUUCAAACCACCAACCAGUUCUCGCAUUUUUCAAACCACCAACCGGUUCUCGCAACCUUUCAAACCACCAACCGGUUCUCGCCAUUUCUCGUACCCUUUUCAAACCACCAACCGGUUCUCGCUUCUAAACCCCCUUUCAAACCACCAACCAGUUUCGCACCCUUUCAAACCACCAACCAGUUCUCGCACCCCUUUCAAACCACCAACCAGUUCUCGCACCCUUUCAAACCACAAACCUGGUUCUCGCACCCCUUUCAUACCACCAACCGGUUCUCGCACCCUUUCAAACCACCAACCGGUUCUCGCACCCCUUUCAAACCACCAACCGGUUCUCGCACCCCUUUCAUACCACCAACCGGUUCUCGCACCCCUUUCAAACCACCAACCAGGUUCUUUCACCAACCCCUUUCAAACCACCAAACCCGGUUCACACCUUUCAAACCACCUUUUUCAAACCACCAACCGGUUCUCGCACCCCUUUCAAACCACCAACCAGUUCUCCCCUUUCAAACCCCCUUUCAAAACCACCGGUUUCCAACCGCCCUUUCAAACCACCAACCAGUUCUCGUACCCCUUUCAAACCACCAACCAGUUCUCUCACCCCUUUCAAACCACCAACCGGUUCUCGCACCCCUUUCAAACCACCAACCAGUUCUCACCCUUUCAAACCACCACCAACCGGUUCUCGCACCCCUUUCAAACCAGAAACCGGUUCUCGUACCCCUUUCAAACCACCAACCAGUUCGUUCCCCCUUUCAAACCACCAACCAGUUCGCGCCCCUUUCAAACCACCAACCGGUUCUCGCACCCCUUUCAAACCACCAACCAGUUCUAAAUUUCCCUUUUCAAACCACCAACCGGUUCUCGUACCCUUUCAAACCACCAACCGGUUCUCGCACCCCUUUCAAACCACCAACCGGUUCUCGCACCCCUUUCAAACCACCAACCAGUUCUCGCCCUUUCAAACCAGAAACCAGUUCUCGUACCCCUUUCAAACCACCAACCGGUUUCGCGCGCCCUUUCAAACCACCAACCGGUUCUCGUACCUUUCAAACCACCAACCAGUUCGCCCCUUUCAAACCAGAAACCAGUUUCGUACCUUUCAAACCACCAACCAGUUUCGCGCCCCUUUCAAACCAGAAACCAGUUCUCGCACCCCUUCAAACCACCAAACCAGUUCUCGCGCCCCUUUCAAACCACCAACCGGUUCUCGCACCCCUUUCAAACCACCAACCUGGUUCUCACAUUUCCUUUCAAACCAGAAACCAACCGGUUUCAAACCGCAGUUCUCCCCUUUCAAACCACCAACCGGUUCUCGCACCCCUUUCAUACCACCAACCGGUUCUCGCAUUCCUUUCAAACCACCAACCGGUUCUCGCACCCCUUUCAUACCACCAACCGGUUCUCGCACCCCUUUCAUACCACCAACCGGUUCUCGCACCCCUUUCAUACCACCAACCGGUUCUCACAUUCCUUUCAAACCACCAACAGGUUCUCGCAUUCCUUUCAAACCACCAACCGGUUCUCGCACCCCUUUCAUACCACCAACCAGUUAUGAUGACAUCACACUUGGUGUCUUGUUCCUGUGUGCUACUAGCAUGUCAGCUACUGCGGCACAAAGGAAAGAAACCAUUUGUAUAUGAAAAGAUUGGUUGUUAG